AUGACGGCAGAACUGGAUAACGACCUUGCAACGGAAACCGAACUCCUCAAGCAACGUUACCAGAAAUUCAUCAAGGCAAGUGACCAAGUUAGAUGGACCUUACAAUCCACUAACGCCACCGAGGAGCCAAUCGAACAGGAUUACUCCGCAGUGGCAGAAGUCGAAGAAGACAUGAGUGCUCAACAACAGGCCUACACGCAACAAAUUCAGCAGCUGAUAGCUCAAAACCAAGCUACGGCACAAAUUGCAGCCGCAGUCGCUGCUGCUCUAAUAGCAGCCGCUCCUACUCCAGUAGCAGCCAUACCUGCACCACAAUCAACGCGCCUUCCCCAAAGGCAAAUCAAACAUUUUAAAGGAGAUAUCCUUGAGUGGACGUCGUUCUGGGAGAGCUUUAACGCCUCCAUCCACUCGUCCACAAUGUCGGACGUCCAAAAACUUGACUAUCUCAAAGAAUAUCUCAAGGGGGAAGCAUACUUGUGCGUGGAAAACUUGGAACUGACUGCAGCAAACUACAACAUCACCAUUGCUGAAUUGAAAAGGGUCUAUGCCAAACCAAAGGCCCUCAUUCAAACCCAUCUAUGCAAAUUUGAUAACCUGGCUCCUGUUAAGUCUAUGACAGACGUAUCGGCUCUUCGAAGACUUCAGCUCACCGUCCAGUCGCACAUAAAUGCCUUAGAGACACUCGGGGUACAAAAAGACACCUUUGGAGGACUCCUUGGCACAAAACUAAUGAAAUUGCUUCCUGCAGAAUUGCAGAAAGAAUGGUCGAGUUCCGAUGCAAACGACAUCACCGACAUCACAGCCCAGCUGAAUUUCAUCAGGGAUCAAGUCGACGCUGCUGAAAGGUAUAGCCGAUGGAAAUCGGAAACGACGAUUGUGAUGCAGUGGACCCAGACGAUGCUCUCAGCUCCUUUGGCGACAAAUUCACCCGUCAAAAAGAUGGGCGAUACUGCAGACCCAAUCCCGUGGAAAACGGACAAAUGGAGGCUAGAAAAGAAUUUCCUGAUGGCAAAAGAAAGACUGGAGAGUCUAUUGAAAAGACUCAAAAGAACACCAGAGCUUCUAUCAGCCUACCAUAAGGAAAUAGACCAGCUUCGCGUCCAAAACUUCGUAGAGGAGGCAGACCAGAACUACGAAGGACUCCACACUUAUCUGCCACACCAUCCUGUCAUCCGACAGGACAAAAAAUCCACGAAGAUUCGACCGGUAUUCGACGGGGCGGCAAAAUCGAAGUAUGGCCCAAGCCUCAACGAUGUCUUGGAAACCGGCCCGAAUCUAAACCCCGAUCUGCUAGCCGUCUUAAUGCGAUUCCGUUUGAACAAAAUCGUAUGGAUAGCAGACAUCGAAAAAGCCUUUUUAAACAUCGCCCUGCAUCCUGAAGACGCUGAAGCUGUCAGAUUCCUGUGGAUAACGGAGCCAGAAACGCCAAAUUCGCCUCUAGUGGCAUACAAGUGGAAACGAGUCCCAUUUGGGCUCAGCUCCAGCCCAUUUUUGCUGCGAGCUACCCUAAACAAGCACCUAGACGGCAUGGAAUCAAUAUACUCCACCACAGUAAGAAAGCUCAAGGAGCAAAUUUAUGUUGACGACUACCUUGGAGGCGCCGACAACAUCUCCACAGCCAAAACCAGGAUACAGGAGGCAAAAUCCAUCUUCCAGGAGGCAAAACUCAACAUGCGAAGUUGGGUCACCAAUGACAAAACAGUUCCACCCACAACGCUCCUGCUGAAAAUAAUCUACCAGAAGCUUUGGGAAGCCGAAAUUGACUGGGAUGUGGAAGUGCCUCCUGAAAUACGGAAGACAUGGAUAGCAGCCAUGACUAGGUUGAACGAGUUUGCCAACUUAAAAAUCCCACGUUGGAUAGGCUACUCGAAAAGGGUCAUAAAAAAUGCAGAAAUUCAUGUCUUCGGCGACGCAUCCGAGGCCGCUUAUGGAGCCGUUGCCUACGCAAGGCUACAAAGCAAAAACGGAGACACAGUCAUCCAUUUUCUUGCUAGCAAGACAAAAGUGGCGCCUCCUCCAAAGAAAAAGGUCACCUUACCAAGAUUGGAGCUAUUAAGCUCACUUCUGGCUGCACGAUUGGGAGAAAAACUCAAGAACUUUCUCCACAUCGAAUCGUGGCGAACUAUAUUCUGGGCUGACUCUCUAGUGGCACUUGGCUGGAUCCGAGAAGACACCAACAGGUGGAAACCAUUCGUCAGGAACCAAGUCGAAGCUAUUAAGAAACUUUCUGGCCCAAAUUGGUGGCGGCACUGUCCAGGCGUCCAAAAUCCUGCCGAUCUCGCCGCGCGGGGAGCGCCAGUCGUAACGCUGGUACACUCCGAGCUAUGGUGGAACGGACCAUCAUGGCUGAAAGAAGACGAAACCAAAUGGCCGGAUUCAACGCCCGAGGUAGAAGAACCCAGUGUUCAUGAAAGAAUCGAAGCGGAAGCGAAAUCGAAAACCGUCACCAUGUCGGUAGCUUCCGUGGAGCCAGCCACUUCAGUGGAAUGGCAUCUGGAUCGAAUUCCGUCUUGGAAUCGACUGCUCAGAAGAACUGAUUGGAUACUGAUAUUCGCCUCCAAAAACCGCCCCACAAACGCCACACAAGUGAAGACUCCAAUCAAGACAGGAGACGGAAAACAGAUAAUGGUAGAACACCUAAAAGUAGAGGAACUGACGAAGGCGGAGCUACUUAUUUAUAGGCAGCUCCAAAAAGAAGCUUUUCCCAAGACGUUUUAG